AUAAGACAGUGUGUUUUGAAACAUCAGUCGUCAAAUGUGAAAAAGAUUAUUGCAAAGCGCUUUUUGUUAAAAUUUCAAUGUGAGAUAUGGAUGCAGGAAGUACAACUUCUACUGAAAAUCCCGCACCUCCAAAUCUAGAGACCCCUCCACGUGUCGAACGAAAAAGCACUCGAGGAUCGCGUCAAAAGGGUGUAGAUAGCGUGACAAAAAAAUUUCUUAGAAAUUUUGAUCCAGAACACAGUGAAAGAGAAAAACGGAAACUUCAUCGACGAUUGUAUCAAGGCCACAAAAGACACGCUUCAUAUGAUGAAAAUGGUGUUUAUGUACAAACAGGAGAUGACCUAUGUGAUUGUUUAAAUUUGAGGUGCGCUGGAUGUCAUUUUCCCUGUUAUAAAUGCUCUUCCUCAAAGUGUGGUCAUGAAUGCAGGAAUAAUCGUAAAUGGACAUACGAGUCUAUAGAAAAUGAGGGUUGUGACGUUAUCACAAAGAAUCCACUACUAAAAGACAAUUAAUCAAAUUCAAGACUGCAAUACGAUUAUAUUAUUUUUGUAAUAACCCUAUGGCUGUGCUAUACAAAAUCUUCCUAUGAUGUUUU